AUGACGGAUUUUCUUGCCGAGAAUAAUGCGUGCGGACAAAAUUUACUUAACAUUGUUUCAGUGGGAAAUUCAAUAAUUGCUGAAAUAUUGCGUUUAAAAGACUAUAUUCCACAGAUUUAUCGCUUAGAAACAAAAGCGGAUAAGCAAAAAUAUGGGGAGAUUAUAGUGGACUUUAGCUAUUUUAAGCUGGCCGAGGCGCACGAAAAGAAAAUACGUGAGAAUCCGGAGCUGAACGACUUGGACGAUGAAAUACGUGCCAAUAACUUGCAGUUAAUCACCCGCUUCUAUUUAGCCUUUCAAAGUAUCCACCACUAUGCCACCGAUUUGAAGCAAUAUAUCGAGGAGCUUAACACCGGCUACUACAUACAGCAAUCGCUGGAGACUGUGCUUCAGGACGAGGAGGGCAAACAGUUGCUGUGCGAAUCGCUGUAUUUGUAUGGCGUUAUUCUACUAAUUCUCGACUUUCACAUUCCUGGCGAUGUACGAGAACGUCUCAUAAUCGCCCACUAUCGGUAUAGCGGCAGCAGCGCCACGUCCACCAGCGAUGAGAGUAACAUUCAUGAUGUUUGCUUGCUGUUACGUUCCACGGGCUAUGUGCAACCGGCGAUGCCAACUAAUAAUAGCAAACAAGCUGCAGCUGCCACAUCCGGAAAUGUAUCGAAAUAUCCCGAAUCGUACUUUGCACGCUUCCGCUUCGAUUCAAACUACAUUGAUCUGGUGUUGGCUCGUCUGCGCUGCGAUGAUAUUUACAAUCAGUUGGCCAUCUAUCCACAUCCCAUGCAUCGCACCACUGCCUUGUCCAACCAGGCAGCCAUGCUCUACAUCUGUCUAUACUUUUCGCCACAGGUGCUACACAGCCAGCAGUCCCAAAUGCGCGAAAUUGUGGACAAAUUCUUCAGUGACAAUUGGGUACUUUCCAUAUAUAUGGGCAUCACCGUCAACCUGAUCGAUGCGUGGGCGCCGUUUAAGGCGGCAACAUCGGCACUCACGAAUGUCGUGACGCCGGCAGCACUGAAACUCAACUGUACCCAUCAGCGUGAACAGCUCACGAAGACUUUGCAAAAGACGCAGGAAAUCGUGCGCGAGGGCGUACUGAACGAUGCCUUCGUGCUGGAGCAUAUCAACAAAAUUAUUGUACUGAUGCGUCAGGCGAACGUCCUGCUUCGUUGGUAUUGCCUGCACACAACACAUGUCGUCUUUGUCGUGGCCUGGCAGGCUGCCAAGCAGGCCCAGGUGCAGCAACUGGUACACACCGAACUUAAAUUCGAUCAAAACGUGCUCUACCAACUUAUGCUCAACUGCUGCCAAAUGGAAUUGAGCGUCCGGGAACUGCUGUCUGAGCUGCAACGAGAACGUGGGGAGCGUUGGACCAAAUCCCGGGACGAGGCCAUGCAACGACUAGACGAACUGAGCGAAGUAUUUUCUGGCACACGCCCUCUCUCCAAAAUCGAAGCAAAUCCUCAGUUACAGCAGUGGUUUAAGGCUGUGGCGCAGCGCUUACAAAAAUUGGACCUCGCGAGCCCCCAAAAGGCUGGACGUUUACUUAUACAGGCUAUUCAGGCCUUAGAUGAUGUGCAGGAGUACCACAAUCUGCAUGCCAACAUGUUGGUUAAGCAGUUUCUGCAGGAAACGCGGGAAUACCUCAAUCAAAUGGCACAGCUAAUCAACAUUAAGGACGACAUCGAAAUACAAAUUCAAAUGAUCACAGACUUUAGCUAUGCUUGGUUGCUGCUGCAGCGAGACUUUACGCCACUGAUGCAGGAAAACAUCAAAAAGCAGCCGCAAUCCGUCAUCUAUAUACGCACCGUGUUUCUUAAAUUGUCGAGCACCCUGGAGGUGCCGCUUAUGCGCAUUAAUCAGGCCAAAAGUGAAGAUUUGGUUUCUGUGUCCAACUACUAUAGCACCGAACUGGCAAAUUUUCUACGCCGUGUCCUCCAGAUUGUGCCCGAGACCAUGUUCAGUAUCCUUGCUCGCAUCAUACAACUCCUAACAGAUGUUAUUAAGGAGUUUCCCACCCGUUUGGAGCGCGAAAAGCUGCGCGAUUAUGCACAGUUUGAGGAGCGUGCCAAGGUGGCUCAAUUAACCAACUCCAUAGCCGUCUUCACCAAAGGCAUCCUAAUGAUGAAGAAGACCCUGGUGGGUGUCACAGAGCUGGAUCCAAAACAGUUGCUGGAGGAUGGUAUACGCCGAGAACUUGUCAAUCACCUGGCCAAUGCGUACAAUCUGGGUUUGAUUUUCACGCCAGUAAAGGGUCAGACUCCUGUGCAGCUGCUGCAGUCUAAGCUGCAAGCUUUGGCUAAGACCAUCGAUGGCUAUCGUCGCUCUUUCGAAUAUAUUGAGGACUAUAUGCGGGUGCAGGGGCUACGUCUGCUACAGGAGGAAUCGCAGCGCAUUCUCAGCUACAAUGUGGAGAAGGAGUGUAACGUCUUUCUGCGCAACAAAGUGCAGGAAUGGCAAUCCCAGUUCCAGUCUACAACCAUACCCAUACCAAAUUUUGUCCCCCUACAGGGUGACCCCAGUAAGUCGGAAACCUUUAUUGGCCGUCUUGCCCACGAAAUUCUACGUUGCACUGAGCCGAAACAGACAAUAUUUUUGGACCUAAAGUGCACGUGGUAUGAGAAACGAGCGCCACACAAUCAAGUGCUUGCCGCUUCCGGUUUCUUUGACAUGCUGCGCGAGGCACUAACACCGGCAGGAAUGGUCGGUCUGGAACGCAUCUAUGCUCACAUGCUGAACGACGAACUGAAGCGUAACUUGGAGAAGCUACACAAAAACCUCACAUCGGAUCGCAUGUGGUGUGACGCAUUGUCAAGUUUAACAAAAGAAUUGGAGUCGCGUGAUUUUCCUGGCGACAUCGCAAAGCAGCCUCUAAAGUAUUACAACGGCUACACGCAGCGCUGGUUAAAAGUUUGGCCUACUCUUCUGGACUGGGUGCUGGCCUUGGGACACAAACAGCUGCUGCGUCAACAGAUCGCCCAUGAGUUGAGUUUUAGUAGCAAGUGCGAUGCCAAGCUGCUUGAGAACACAACGGACACAAUGAAUCGAGCCCUAUUGCUAGAGUUGACCACCAAUACGAAACUCUAUGACGAACAAGGCGUAGCCAUGUUAACGGAAUUACACGAAAUUUUACUAUACACUGGCAACUAUGAGCCCUUGGAGCACGUCUUUGUUAUCACCAAGAAUACGCAUAACAUGUCUCUCUGGCUUUUCCUCUUCACCAUUGCCCAUGUACCACGACUUCAACAUUCGACAAACACGGAUAGUUUGUUACCCAAAACAGCCAAGGAUGUGAUAGACUGUGUGCCUCUAAUUGUGGGACUACUGACCAUAUUGCAGCAAUUCCACAAGAAUGUUAAAAUGCUAUAUAUCUCCUACCUGUGCCAGUAUGUUGUGGUGCUCGCCGAGGCACAACUGCAGGACAAGGAAAUGCUAAGCGCCGAGGUGGUCACCAUGUUGCACUUUUUGAAUGCGUUUGUCCGCACAGCGCAUUUGCCGCUCAGCGUCUUGGAGCAGCGUAUACCGACCAUAAUAUUGAGCGAGUUUGAAUAUCUGGCUACGCCCGCCAAGUGAUGUGGAAGAAAUCGAAGAUAUAAGCUACACACAAAUUUAAUAAAUUCAUAAGGUAACAAAAAA